GUUUUGUUUCCCUUUCAUUCAUUAAAUUCUGUUUCAUUCAUUCAUUCAUGUGAUAUUGAUGAAAUCGGGAUUUGCAUCAAUUUAUUUUAAUUUUUAAUUUGAUUUUUCAGUUCUAUGAUGAUUGACGGUCGUGCUAAUGAACUACCCGAUUUGCAGGUGUUCCGAACAGUGAUAAAAUACUGUUUAUUCAUCAUAAUUGUGCCGGUAUUCUCGUUCUUCACGGCUAAGACUGUUGUUUUCGACGGUAUCCUCCGGCUCGAAGCAAUCCCCAGCAGUGUUUACUCGGCAGUAGUGGCCGUUCUUGUACUCCACAUUACGCUGGGAGUAUACAUAUUUAAAGCGUACACUGAAGCAGAGAAGCCUACUAAACCAGUCAAAAUUGAUUAA